AUGACGACGUCGUUUGCAGCAGCGGCGCUCAGAGACCCUAAGCUUCAGAUCCCAACCUACCAUGGCUUACGCUCUUCCUCCGCCGCAUCUUCUCUCUCUCGCAAUGCUCUCUCCGUCCCUUCAUCCACUCGCUCCUCCUCCCUCAUACGCGCUGUUUCCACCCCUGCCAAGUCUGAAACGGUUACUGAGAAGAGGAGCAAAGUUGAGAUAUUCAAGGAAAAUAGCAAUUUCAUAAGUUAUCAGCAGUACAACAGAGACGAGCGUGGUUCGAGAACCUAUUCGUUUAUGAUACGAACGAAGAAUCCUUGUGGUAAGGUUUCGAAUCAGCUUUACUUGACUAUGGAUGAUCUUGCUGAUCAGUUUGGAAUUGGGACGCUUCGUUUGACUACUAGACAGACGUUUCAGCUGCAUGGUGUUGUUAAGAAGGAUCUUAAAACGGUUAUGGGUUCUAUUAUUAGGAAUAUGGGCUCGAGUCUCGGUGCGUGUGGUGAUCUUAAUAGGAAUGUGCUUGCUCCUGCUGCUCCGAUUGUGAGGAAUGAUUAUCUCUUUGCUCAAGAAACUGCAGAGAAUAUUGCUGCACUUUUGACUCCUCAAUCUGGUUUCUAUUACGAUGUUUGGGUAGAUGGGGAGAGAUUUAUGUCUGCAGAACCGCCUGAGGUAGUCCAGGCACGGAAUGACAAUUCUCAUGGUACAAACUUCACAGAUUCACCCGAGCCCAUUUAUGGUACUCAGUUCUUGCCCAGGAAAUUCAAAAUUGCAGUUACUGUGCCGACUGAUAACUCUGUGGAUAUUCUCACAAAUGAUAUUGGUGUUGUUGUUAUUAACGGUGAUGACGGGGAGCCUCAAGGAUUCAACAUUUACGUUGGUGGUGGGAUGGGAAGAACACAUAGGAUGGAAAACACUUUUCCCCGCUUGGCUGAACCAUUGGGUUACGUACCAAAAGAGGAUAUUUUGUAUGCAGUGAAAGCAAUUGUUGUUACACAACGAGAAAAUGGGAGAAGAGAUGACCGUAGGUACAGUAGAAUGAAAUAUCUGAUUGACUCUUGGGGAAUAGAUAAGUUCAGAAAUGUAGUUGAGCAAUAUUAUGGCAAGAAGUUCGAACCUUUCCGCAGCUUGCCAGAAUGGGAAUUCAAAAGUUAUCUUGGAUGGCAUCAGCAGGGCGAUGGUGGUUUAUUUUGUGGGCUUCAUGUUGACAAUGGUCGUAUUGCUGGAAAAAUGAAAAUGGCACUGAGAGAGGUUAUUGAGAAGUAUCAUUUGAAUGUUAGAUUAACUCCAAAUCAGAACAUCAUAUUGACUGAUAUUCGCGCUGCAUGGAAACGUCCCAUCACAACCAUUCUUUCUCAGGCUGGUUUGCUGCAACCUAGAUAUGUAGAUCCGCUUAAUAUAACGGCUAUGGCAUGCCCUGCUUUCCCAUUAUGUCCCCUGGCAAUUACUGAAGCUGAACGUGGAAUACCAAGUAUUCUUAAGCGGAUCCGUGACAUGUUUGAGAAGGUUGGUCUGAAGUAUAAUGAAUCUGUGGUUGUAAGGAUAACUGGCUGCCCUAAUGGUUGUGCUAGACCAUAUAUGGCUGAACUUGGUCUGGUUGGUGAUGGCCCAAAUAGCUAUCAGGUUUGGCUUGGAGGCAGCAGUAACCAAACGUCAAUAGCAAGGAGUUUCAUGGACAAGGUGAAGCUUCAAGACCUUGAAAAAGUUUUGGAGCCAUUGUUUUAUCAUUGGAAGCAAAAGCGUCAGUCUAAAGAAUCAUUUGGCGACUUCACAGUUCGACUGGGAUUUGAGAAGCUUAAAGAAUUUAUUGACAAAUGGGAGGGUCCAGUAGUAACAACAAUGACACGCCACAACCUGAAACUUUUUACCAAUAAAGAGACAUACGAAGCAUUGGAUGGGUUAGCUAAGCUUCAAAACAAGAAUGCUCAUCAGUUGGCCAUUGAAGUUAUCCGCAAUUAUAUUGCUUCCAACCAAAAUGGAAAAGGUGAAACAUUUAAUUGA